UUUAAGGUUAUGUCAAACAAUUCAGAGGUUAUGUCUAUUAUGUCUCGUGAGGUGUGUUGAAAUUUUGUUCACUGUAAAAAAGCCGUCACUAAAAGAAAAUGUGGUACAAAAAUUUGGGAGCGCAUCUAAAGUCCAUCACGACUCUGAACCAAAUUCUCAGACAAUCAUCGCACGCCGCACGAAGAAAAGUAUUAACUGAAUCAAACGACUUGAACGUGUUUAAAGUUGGCUACAAACUGCACGGCUUCGAGAUAAAAGGGGUGCAAGAAGUGUCCGAGUUUCGCCUCACAGCUAUUCACCUAGUGCAUGAAAACACAAAAGCUGAAUACUUGCACUUGUACCGAAACGACUCCAACAAUGUUUUCGCCAUUCAGUUUCGCACCACACCGAAAAACAGCACCGGCUUGCCUCACAUUCUCGAACACACGGUUUUGUGCGGGUCAAAGAAGUACCCUGUUCGAGAUCCGUUCUUCAAAAUGUUAAAUCGCUCAUUGGCUACUUUCAUGAACGCCAUGACUGGAUCCGACUACACGGUGUACCCGUUCAGCACGCAAAAUUUGAGCGAUUUUCGCAAUUUGCAGAAAAUUUACCUCGAUGCGACGUUUCGCCCAUUAUUGAAGGAAUUGGAUUUCAUGCAAGAGGGCUGGCGCUUGGAGAAUGUCAAUCCAGCGGACGCCGCCACCCCGCUGAUAAUCAAAGGUGUGGUUUACAAUGAAAUGAAAGGGGCGUUUUCGGAAAACGAAAAUUUGUUGGGGCAGAAAUUGCAAAAUUUGAUAUUGCCGGAUCACACGUAUGGGGUUAUUUCGGGGGGUGACCCUUUGGAAAUUCCGAAUUUGACUUGGGAGGAUUUGAAGAAGUUUCACGCGGAGUGUUAUCACCCAAGUAAUGCUAAAUUUUUUUCGUAUGGUAAUUUUCCGCUUUCGCCUAGUUUGGAAUAUCUCAAUAGGGUGUAUUUGUCACCACAUGAAUAUCGCGAGCCUGCGCAUACAGUCGUCCCCAAGCAAAAUCGUUGGAGUGCACCUAAACGUGAACAUAUAGAGGGUCGCUUUGAGGCUAUGAGAGAACCUAUAGAAAAACAAAAUUCAGUUGUUGUUUCGUUACUUCUGUCGGACAUUACGGAUAUCUACGACACUUUUUUGAUGCAGUUUGUGUCCGAGUUGUUAAUAAAGGGUCCAAAUUCACCUUUCUAUAAGUCAAUGGUUGAGCCAAACUUUUCUGGUGGUUUUACACCCUCUACUGGCUAUGAUAUGCAAACUAGAGACAGCAUUUUCACGAUAGGGCUGCAAGGGGUGAAAAAAGAAGAUUUUGAUAAGGUAGUGGGAAUAUUUGAUAGUACUUUGGACAAUGUUGUUAGUCAUGGUUUUGACGAAAAACACAUUGAGUCGAUUUUACACCGCUACGAGAUUUCUAUUAAGCACGAAAGCGCCAAUUUUGGACUUAACGUAGUGCUUGGGUUGGUCCCUACGUGGAAUCACAACGGGGACAUUCUGGCUGCCUUACAAGUAAAUAAACUAAUAGAUAAAUUGAAGAAAGAAAUGAAGCAAGAUAGUAAUUAUCUUCAAAAUAUAGUCAAACGGUACUUCAAAGAUAACACCCAUCGUUUGAUUUUGACGAUGUCGCCCGACAAGGAUUUCGAAAAAAAGCAGAAUGCGUUAGAAGACGAGUUGAUCAAAAAAAAGACUCAAGACUUGAAAGACGACGAUAAGCAGAUUGUUUUCAAAAAGUGCUUGGAAUUACAAAAAGUGCAAACUGAACAACAAAACACAGACAUUUUACCUACUUUGUUGAUGGAAGAUAUAAGUAACGAAGUCGAGAAAAUUUCCCGGGAACGAGUGACCAUUAACUCUGUUCCUGUACAGAUAAAUAAAGUCAGCUCCAAUGGAAUCGUUUACUUCAAGGGUUUACUAGGCACUGUCGAGCUUUCUCCAGAGCAGCAAAUGCUGCUGCCUUUGUUUUGCUACGUAAUCAACAAAUUAGGAACCGACAAUUUGAAUUUCCGCGAAUUUGACAGUUUGAUGAAUCGGAAGACAGCUGGUUUAUCUCUGGAGCCUCACAUCGGCGAAAGUUUAUUCCAACUGCACAAUUACGAACCGUCCGUUUUUAUUUCAAGUCAUUGUCUUGAAAAAAACGUGGAGUCGAUGUGGGAGUUGUGGCGUGAGCUUUUCAACAUCAGGGAAUCCCUGGACGUUGAAAGGUUCCAAAGAUUGACUGAACUAUACAUGGCGAAUUUGACCCAUGGUGUAGCAGAUGCGGGUCACAUCUAUGCAAUGAAAGCAGCUUCAGCUUUGGUUUCUGGUAGCGCAUAUCAAAAAGAGCUUUUAGGUGGACUCCAACACAUCUCUUACAUGAAGCGCUUAAUCGGUACUUCCCGCUACAAAGCGGUCCUGGAGGAAAUCCAAAACAUAGCAAAAAUCAUCUUCACGAAGAACAACCUUAGGUGCGCUUUUAACAUCUCCCAGGAAAACCAGUCAAAAAUAAUGAAGACGUUUGCACAAUUUACCACGGGGAUCCCAGAGACUUCUAAACAGGCUACGCAUGAUCGCAGCUACGUCGAGGGCAAAGUUUGGUCUUCUUUCAACGCGGUUAAUUGUCAACACCACGUUUUAAACGUCCCUGUCAACUACUGCAGCAAAGCGGUUUUAACCGCUCCUUAUAAUAAGAAAGAUUUUGCUAGGUUGAGGGUUUUAGCGCGACUUUUGUCUGCGAAAUAUCUGCAUCCGGAACUUCGGGAAAAGCAAGGUGCUUAUGGUGGAGGCGCCAGGCUAACGAGUGACGGUGUCUUGGUCUUCUACAGCUACCGAGAUCCUAGAAGUUUGCAGACCCUCGACGUUUUCGACAACACGUUUGCGUGGCUUAAAGAAAAUGUAGACAAGACUUCGUCCCAAGAAUUAUUAGAAUCGAAAUUAGGGGUGUUCCAAGCGGUGGACGCACCCAUUCCUCCUUGUGCUAAAGGCUGUGAUGAAUUCUUAAGAAGACUUACCCCAGAUAUUUUACAAAGACACAGAGCGGAGAUAAUGUCGGUCGAUAAGAACGCUCUGAAAGACGUUACAGAGAAAUAUUUAGGGAACAACGAUCCAGCCUUAAGCGGGAAAGUGGUUUUGGGGCCAAAGAAUGAGAAAUUUGAUACGACUAGUCGCCCUAGCGAAAUGUGGACAACUAUGGAAAACGAGUGAAAUUUCCUGUACUUCGUUCAUUUAAUAAAACUUGAUUUGUUCUA